UUUCCUUUGCGACGUAUAGAAGAUUUGAACGAAGUGGAACAGUAUCUCCAACAACCUAAUCAUUUUCAAUCCACUGUAAAAGAACUUGCAAAAAUAGGAGGAACUACUCCAUAUGAUUUUGUUAAGCGAUGUUUGUCGCUUCUUCUCUCAAAUAGAUUAGCUGAGCAAUAUUCCUGGUAUGGUGCUAAAAAAAAACGAGUGUUUGGAAAACUAUUUAUCGCAAGUGUAUUGCAAGAAAGUGCUCUACAGUGUGAAGCAGCGAAAAAAUCGAAAAGAGAUUGAGGAAGGCAUUA